AUGCUUCCCUCGAAGCCGCAGCACUUCAAGACGGCGCUCGUCUCGGUCUCGUCUCUCUACGUUGCGGGCUGGGGCAUUUACUAUCUCGCGCAGGAGACGAUACGAAGGCGCGAGCUCGCCGCACGCAAGCGAAAGUAUCCGCUCAGGGCGCCGCUGCUGCCUCCGCAUGCUAUCUCGUCGGGCGUGCGUGUCGCGGAGCGCGUCGGCGUGCUCGCUCACACGGACUCGAAGCGCAACGCAAAACCGCUAUCAAGCUCCAGUGCCAACGGCGCUGCCGAAGCGAAACAUGCUCAAGAGAUCCUGAAGCAGAACGGGACGAAUGCCGACAGUGACGCUUCUGACUCGGAUAGUCUGAACGAGCCGACGGCUCGAGGUCCAUCGUGGUACGGCGGUGCGACUGACUCGGAGAUCACACGUAUCCACCACCGCUUCUCCUCGCUCAAGGUGCUCGGACGCUACGCCAACAUCGUGCCUGAAUGGCGCGAGCAAGGGGCUUGGGAGUGGGUGUUUUGGAAACUUCUUUACAGCGUCUUCUACAAACCACGCAUCUGGUGGGACGGAGGCUUCAAGGCGGACAACAAGAGCGACGAAGGCAGGCAGAAGAUCGAGAUGCUGCUGCCGGUUGAGCGCAUCAAGUGGGCGGAACUCUUCGCAUCAGCGACCAAUGCGUCCAAAGCGAGCACCGGCGAUGUGGCGGCGGCGCCUGCCGUGCGGAAUGCAGCUCAGUCGUCCUUCACGUGGAUCGGUCAGUCGACCUGCCUGAUCCAGAUGAACGGCGUCACCAUCCUCACCGACCCAGUCUUUGGCGAACAGCCCGUGGCAAGUCUGUUUAGUCCUACCCGCUUGCGACCCAUGCCGUGCAGCAUCAAGGAACUCGUCGCCAACGCGGCCAUCGACGUCGUGCUGCUCACGCACAACCACUUUGACCAUCUUGACAUCAGCGUGCUCCCGCUCAUCCCGAAACGCACGCAGUUCGUGGUGCCCGUCGGGCUUACCGGGCUUCUCGCGCAGUACGGCGUGGAGGCGGAGCGCAUUGUGGAGCUCGACUGGUGGCAGCAAUCGCGGCUGCCGCUCACCAUCCGUGUCGCGCCCAAUGCAGAGCAAUCCGGGCAUGGCCACGUUUCUGAGCGACGACGGGUGCUCGACAUUACCGCGGUGCCUGCGAGUCACUGGAGCGCCAGGACACCGCUCGACACCAACACGACGCUGUGGAACUCGUACGCCGUCCGCGUGCACAGCGAGGGCGAUAAGCGCGCAUCUGCCACAGGCUCGACACCCGAGGCCCAGUCGCUCUUCUUCUGCGGCGACACGGGCUACUCGCCGUCGCUGUUCACCGCGAUCGGUCGCGCGCUCGGACCGUUUGACGUGGCGUGCCUUCCCAUCGGCUCGUACGAGCCGCGCUGGCAUAUGCAGAUCCAGCACAUGCACGUCACCGAGUCGGUACAGGUGACGCGCGACAUUGGCAGCAAGCGCGCCUUCGCCAUGCACUGGGGCACCUGGCAGAUGAGCGACGAACGGUGGGACGACCCCUACUGGCAGCUCCACAAAGAGCUCCGAGCCACGUCUCCCGACGACCCCAAUCGUCUCCUCGCCGUGCCCUUCGGAAAGACCUUCUGGCUUUAG